AUGCCUGUUGGGUUCGCAGGAACGUACAUCCCGACGGCAUACGAUGGCGACCGCCACAUCUACCUUGUUGGCGGAUUUUUGAUUGAUGGUGAAACCAACCAGAGAUCGAUCAUUGAACGAGUGGACCGCUUCAACAUUGACACUCAACAAUUCGAUCAUGUUGGAGCUCUGGCGAUCGUGACUUCAACAGAGAUAUUCUUCCACAACAACCUGAUCUAUGUUGUGGGUGCUGAAGGUCUGCACACAUUCAAUGUUCUCAGCCGCGAGACACUGGAGUUCUUAAAGUUCGACACUCUAGUGCCCAUUUGCAGUUGUUUCGAUGGCGCUGACAACAUCUACAUAAUGUCCAAAGACACGUUCACACGAUUCACACUGUCCACCAAGCAAUCGGUCCAGCUGUCAAUGGGUCCAAAGCCCAACAAAAAUCAAGUGAUCUUUUAUGAUGGACAUCGUGGCCUCAUCUUUUCCUUUGGCAACAGAUCCAAGAGCCAUCAAUACUCAAUAAGUGAUAACGAAUGGACAACUCACAAUGCUGAGAUUGACAGAGAAAGUGUUAUCGAUGGAGGAUGUUUGGUUCGUGAUUGA